UAGGUGUCCUCUCCCAUCCACGCGUAUUUGCUCGUGAAUACAACAAUUGUUACAUUAUUACAAAAAUGGACUAUCAAAAUCGCGCAGGUGUGCGCUUUGGAGGCGGUGGUGUCGCUGGGUAUCAAGAAACAAAUGCUGCAAGACGUGAACGUCUGCGACAAUUGGCUUUAGAAACCAUUGACUUAAGCAAAGAUCCCUAUUUUAUGAAAAACCAUCUUGGAACAUUUGAGUGCCGACUUUGUUUAACAACACACGCGAAUGAUGGCUCUUAUUUGGCUCAUACUCAGGGAAAAAAACAUCAGACUAACCUAGCACGCCGUGCUGCAAUGGAAUCGCGUCGGGGAGCGCAGGCCAGCACGGCAGCUCAGCCUGCUGCAGUGUCACAGUCGCAAAUUCAAGUCCGUAAAAACAUCGUCAAAAUUGGACGUCCUGGUUACAAAGUGACGAAAAUUCGAGAUCCGGAGACUGGUCAGUUAGGCCUGCGUUUCCAGCUCAAAUUCCCCGACAUUGCUACCAAUGUCAACCCUCGAUACCGUAUAAUGAGUGCUUUCGAACAAAAAGUCGAGGUCCCUGACCGCAAUUAUCAGUAUAUGGUCAUAGCGGCUGAACCUUAUGAGUCGGUUGCUUUUAAAAUUGAUGCCCGAGAAAUUGAUGACUCGCCAGGACGGUUUUGGACGUAUUGGGACGCUCCUACCUACACAAUUCAACUUUUCUUUCGUUAA